AUGGGAGACACUCCACUAGCCUCCCUGUCCUUGACUCACGUCCAUUAUAACCCCGAGGAUCCGCUGUCCUUUGCAUCGGCAUGGCUUGCGCUCAUCCCACAGGCCCUCUGCGUCUCCUAUGCGACACUGGCCUGGGCUUCGCGGGAGGUGGAAGUUCUUUUGAUGUUUGCUGGGCAGCUGGGGUGUGAAGCUUUGAAUUUCAUGCUCAAGCGGAUCAUCAAGGAAGAGCGCCCGAAGGAAAUGUUUGGCAAAGGCUACGGCAUGCCAUCGUCUCAUGCCCAAUUCAUGACCUUCUUCGCCGUCUACCUGACCCUAUUCCUCGCAUUUCGACAUUCCCCAGCCUACGCAGGCUCCUAUCCCUACUCCGACUUCUUGCUACGAAGUGCGGUGGUCGUGGGGCUCUGUGCCGGUGCAGUCGCCGUCUCGGCCAGUCGUGUCUACCUAAGCUACCAUACCCCCCGACAAGUCCUGGCAGGCUGCGGAGCUGGCUUCGUGUGUGCCUGUGGUUGGUUUGUGGUUACCGGUCUGCUCCGACGCUCAGGGUGGAUCGAAUGGGUGACCGAACUGACCGUGGCCCGUCUUUUGCGCAUUCGCGACCUGGUGGUGAGUGAAGACCUGGCUGAGGCCGGCUGGCAACGAUGGGAAGCACGGAGGUUGAAGCAGCGCCACAAUGAAGCGCCCAAGUCGGACUGA